GCCCCUUGUGCUCCUCUCGCGCCUUCGUCUGACCGAAGCAGAGUUGCUGGCGGCGAUGAGUUCAUUGCCAACCUGUGGAAUGUUCAUCUCCGAGUAAAAGAGGAGGGUUACGUCCAAAACCUUGCGCUCGGGCUCUUCCGGUCCGAUUACAUGGUUCAUCAGGAUGGCGGCAGCCUCCAGAUCAAACAGGUCGAGUUCAACACCAUCGCCUCGUCGUUCGCUGGUCUCUCGGCGAAGACGUCCUUGCUCCACAAACACCUGGCCAGAACCGAGUACCCCUUGCUGCAAGACCCCAUUCCGGAGCACGAGCUUGACCUCCCAACCAACGAGAGCGCCAAGGGCCUUGCAGCGGGCCUCAGCGCUGCCUUCGCCGCGUACGGCGAGUCCGCGCUCGGCCAUCCAACGUGCGUGCUCUUUUUGGUCCAGGACGGCGAGCGCAACAUCUUCGACCAGCGCCACCUCGAGUACGCCCUGCAGUCGUCUCAGCCAAAGCCCAUCCCCGUCUUCCGCCUGCCCUUCUCCCAGAUCCUCGCCCACACCACCAUCGCCCCGUCCUCGCCCGGCCGCCAGCUCCUCUACCACCCUCCGCACAACCCCGCCCUCACCUUCGAGGCCGCCGUCGUCUACCUGCGCGCCGGCUACGGCCCGUCCGACUACCCGUCGCCCUCAGCCUGGGAAGCGCGCUACCAGAUCGAGCGCUCGGCCGCCAUCGCCUGCCCCUCGGUGCUGACCCAGCUGGCGGGCAUGAAGAAAGUGCAGCAGGUGCUCGCGGCCCCGGAGGCGGCCGCGGGCUCGUCGGCGGCGGCGGCGGCGCCCUCGGCGCUGCGGCGCUUCGUGCCGGACGAGGCCGCGCACGCGGCCAUCGCAAAAACCUUCACCAACAUCUACCCGCUCGACAGCGCGUCGGCGGCCGGGCGCGAGGCGCGCCGGCUGGCCACCGACCCCGCGGCGUGCCAGCGGUACGUCAUGAAGCCGCAGCGCGAGGGCGGCGGCAACAACGUGUACCGCGCCGCGAUCCCGCGGCGGCUGGCCGAGAUCCCCGAGGAGCACUGGGGCGCGUACAUCCUGAUGGAGAUCAUCGAGCCGCCGCCGGUGACCAACACGAUCCUGCGGAACGGGCGGCUCGAGCACGGUGGCGUGAUCUGCGAGCUGGGCGUGUACGGCGCGUGCCUGUGGGACAACGAGACGGGUAGGGUGCUGCACAACGAGGAGGCCGGGUAUCUGCUGCGCACCAAGGGGGACCAGAGCGAGGAGGGCGGCGUGGCGGCCGGGUACGGGUGCAUGGAUUCUUGCCGGUUGGUUUGAGCAUGGCAUAGCAUGGCCCUAGAGAGAGGAAAGGGGGCGGGUACAUUACAAAACUUGCAUAGAAUAGUUAGCUAGAGCUUGCAUGUGGCGGUUGCCUGACGUUUGUGGGUAGAGUGAUACCUAGACAUUGCGUUCGCUGGCCCCUGCUGCGCCACUGAAGUGUGUCCGGUAGGCCGCACGCCAC